AUGGAUUUUAUGAAACCUGAGACUGUACUAGAUUUAAAUAAUAUUCGUGAAGCAUUAGUUAGAAUGGAAGAUACAAUAGUAUUUGAUUUAAUAGAAAGAUCACAAUAUUUUAGUUCACCAUCAGUAUAUAUAAAAAAUAAAUUUGAAAUUCCAAAUUUUAAUGGAAAUUUUUUAGAAUGGGCAUUAUUACAAAUGGAAAAAGUUCAUUCACAAAUUAGAAGAUAUGAAGCACCAGAUGAAACUCCAUUUUUUCCACAAGAAAUUUUAAAACCAAUAUUACCUUCAAUAAAUUAUCCAAAAAUUUUAUCAAAUUAUUCAAAUGAUAUAAAUGUUAAUAAAGAAAUUAUGAAAUUUUAUGUUGAAGAUAUUGUACCAAAAAUAAGUUGUAAAAAAGGUGAUCAAUUAGAAAAUUUAGGUAGUGCAUCUACUUGUGAUAUUGAAUGUUUACAAGCAAUAUCAAGAAGAAUUCAUUUUGGAAAAUUUGUUGCAGAAUCAAAAUAUAUAAAUGAUAAAAAAUUAUAUAUAAAUUUGAUAUUGAAAAAAGACGUUGAAGGUAUUGAAAAAUCAAUAACUAAUAGUGUAGUGGAACAAAAGAUAUUGGAGAGAUUAAUUGAAAAAGCUCGAAAUUAUGGUACUGAUCCUUCUUUAAGAUUUGGUACAACAAUUCAAAGUAAAAUAAAUCCUGAAAUUAUUGCUCAAUUAUAUAAACAAUUUAUUAUACCAUUAACAAAAAAAGUUGAAAUUGAUUAUUUAUUAAGAAGAUUAGAAGAUGAAGAUGAAGAAAUAAUAGAAAAAUAUAGAGAUUAA